AUGUUUUCGCUUACCACCUCGGCCACUCGUGUCAUGUAUUUGAUAGGAACCGGCGUUUUGUGUGACAGAAAACUCGAAAGACGACAAGCUGUAUCAUCUUGCUCAGUAAACAAUGAUGAUAUGUUCUAUUGUUCAAAUAAGAUGUGUAUCGAAUGGUCUUCGGUUUGUGAUGGUUAUAAGGAUUGUUCAGAUGGUUCAGACGAGACCAGAGAUAUGUGUGCUCGAUACGAAUAUGGAACAAAUAUGACCAUGGCUUGCGGUAAAGUACUUAUCAGAAACCGAGUAAUAUCCAAAAAAGGUAAUAAGGAAGCCAAGGAAGCCAUGGUUGGAACUGCACCUUGGUAUGUUAGAAUGUUAAGAUUAUACGAUGAUACAUAUGUACGGAUGUGUGGAGGAACAAUUAUUGCUUCAAAUGUAGUAAUUUCUGAGGCUAGUUAUUUUUGGGAAGAAGGUUUGAAAUCUAUGAAAAUAUCAGUCAAGGAUGGUCUAUACAUAGUUAGUGUUGGAAAAUAUACUUAUAAAAACUUUAAAAUUGAUCAAGACACUGAUUUUCAUAAAAAAAUGAAUGUAGAAAUAAUUUACCUCCGUGAAGGUUAUAAUGGGACUGGCAAUGAAGAUAUAGCGGUUAUUGUGUUAGAAAACAAAAUUUCAUUUAGUAAUGGUUUUGCAGCACCUGUUUGUAUUGAUUGGAAUGGCCAAUACAAUGUAUUCAAUGGCGAUCAAGGAAAGGUUAUUGUUCGUGAUAUAGCAGAUGAACUUGAGCAAACAUAUUUUGAAAGAAAUUCUUCAUACAUCAACUCUAUUACUUGUCAAAAACUGUAUCCAAUCGUAUAUAGAGAAGUUACUGGUUAUGAAAAAUUUUGUGCUUAUAGGAAAUUGGAACCAUUGUAUUCAUAUCAGGGACUAGGCAUAACCUUUUUACAUUCCAAUUCUCAUUUUUUAACCGGGAUAAAUACGAGAUAUGAUGAAGAUACUAACGAACGUAUGGUCCAACAAUUUAUAGACUUAAGAUUCUAUGUUCAUUGGAUUCGUGGACUUAUAAAUAAACAUGUAACAGUGAAUUCAUGCGUUUUACCAACUGUUGAAGGAGUUAUAUAUUCUUAUGAAGACUCAAAUGAGAUUUUACCUCACGGGACAUUAAUUGACAAUCAUCUUAUUAUUAAUGAGGAUUGUGAAGUUGGAUAUCAUAAGGCCUAUCCCAGUCGUUUUAGGUUUUGUCAGGGAAAAGGAAAAUGGUUAACGAACUCUGAGAAAUUGUGUUUCAAAAUGUGUCCACCUCUAGAAUCGGAUAGUUUAGAUAUUAAAUGUAGCCAUAAUGGUAAGUAUGCUAAUUGUUCAAAUUUAUCGAUACCCGAUACAAUAGCAAGGCUAUCAUGUAAGUCAACACAUAGUGCACCAAAUGGAAAAGAUGAAUCUCCACUACAAUUAAUUUGUCAGUCUAAUGGAAUGUGGAAUAAACCACUAUUUACAUGCAAUCCAAAUUGUGGUAGAGUUUAUAUUGAAAUCAAACUGUUGAUCAACAAUGGUACAAAAGCACUUAUUGGAACGGCACCUUGGAAUGUUGGAAUAUAUAGAUUUAAUAAAAAAAAUACCAAUCAUAACUUGAUAUGUGGAGGAUCAAUUAUUUCUCCAAACUUAGUCGUUUCUGCGGCUCAUUGUUUUUGGAAUCAAGGUAUGUUAUCUAAUAAAAUAUCUAUAAGUGACGGUCUGUAUAAAAUUGCUGUUGGAAAAUAUGAUAGAAAUUUUUCAAUAAUUGACAACGAAUUUACUAAAAUGAUUAACGUGAAAAUUGUUUACCUGACAGAAGGUUAUAAUGGACACACUGGGUCUUAUUUUGAAGAUAUAGCUGUUAUUCUGUUGGAUAAACGAGUGCCUUUUAGUGUUGGAGUCGCACCUGUUUGUAUUGAUUGGAAUGGUGAAUACAAGGAGGAAAAUGGAGAUCACGGAAAGAUUGUUGGUUGGGGAAAAACAGAAAAUGCCAGGCCAAGUCCUAUUUUGUUAGAAGCAUCUUUACCAUACAUUGACCGUAGCACUUGUCGGGGAAUGUAUAAAAACGAUUUUGAACGGUAUGUGACCGUUGAUAAGUUUUGUGCCGGUUCUGCAUUGGGACAAGGAGUGGGUAGUGGAGACAGUGGUGCUGGCUUAUGCUUUUUGCACUCUGAUUCUUAUUAUUUGACCGGAGUAGUAAGUUCCAAGGAUACAGAUAAAAAUUAUUCAAUCGCAACUUUUACAGAAAUAAAGUACCACAUUGAAUGGAUUCGUGGAUUGUUUGACAGAUAUAACAAAGUCAAAUAA